AAAAAAAAAAAAAAAACACAAUGCCACCUCGCUUUGUCCCGACCGCUAGCCCACGCUGCCCCCGCUGCUCCAAGGCUGUCUACAGUGCUGAACAAGUUAUUGGUCCGAACGGAAGUGCAUGGCACAAGGCCUGCUUUACUUGUCGAGAGUGCAAUCGCCGAUUGGACUCCAUGACUCUUGCAGAACAUGAAGGCGAGGCUUACUGCAAAUCGUGCCACAAAAAGAUGUGGGGACCUACUGGAUACGGUUAUGGGAGCGGACUAUUGGUGCGCGAAGAUCCCGAGAGUCAGUUCAAGCAGAGCAUUGGACGCCCCGUCAACAGCAGCACCAGCGACACUGCUAGCGCGUCCUACAACAACCUUGACGACGCUAUCACCUACCACUCCACAGGAGGCAGCAGCUCUGCGGGCGACUUUGCGAGCUCUCGACCCGCUCAUAAUGAGGAGACAGAGGAGCAGAGACAUGAGCGACUCACGCCCGUGAAUUCAACCCAGAAGAAGAGGAACUCUCUGGAUAUGAUUCGGGAGCAGGCUGAGGCUUCACGCCGGGCUUAUGAUGACGCGCAUGCUCAGCGUGUCGCCAACAAAUAUGGCCGCGUCAAUCCCAACUUGACUGGCGGCUCCACAGCCAGCACGGGAAGCGGCAAAGGAGAGCAUCUCUUUUCGGGCAGCAAUUACAAUGGCUCGAGCUCGGGAUACUUGUCUGGAGGCUCCGAUACCUCUUCCGCAUUUGGGUCAACAAUGGCGACGACUUCAUCUCCCGCCCCUUCCCUCUCGUCCAUUUCCUCCGUGGCCUCCUCGAACCAGCCUGCUACAAAAUCACUAUAUUUGAACCAUCCCCUUCGAUCGUCCUCCGCCAUGUCGUCUUCGUCAUUCCAGGAACCGCAGGAUGCGGAAUCAGAUUAUGCAAGGAGUCGUCAAGCCCUGUCUUUCCAAACUGGAGCACCUCCUCAGUCUUCAGGAUCGUACACUCCUACGCAGUCUGGACCGCCACCACUACUCCCCAAGAGAGAUUUCGAGUCCAAGGUGGCCGCGCCGAGCCCUCAGCCUGGCAGCGAACAGGGCGACGAUUCGUAUCUGGAAUAUGCUCCCAUUCGUAUCGUGGCGCGCAAGGAGGAGCCUCAUUCGUCGAAGGCUGCGUCUACGCCACCAGCUGUCGAUGAGGACGAGUGGGGUACGGAACCGACCGAAAAGAAGAAGCAUGCGGAGACUACGACGCCCGCGCAACCAAUGUACCAAUCACAGUACUUGCAGCAACAAAGACAGCAGCAACAAGAGCGCGAAUCGGCGCCUGCAGCUCCAUCGCCGUCUUCAUCGUCUGUGCGUCCAAACCAGCUCAUCAGUGAGGCUGAUAAGCUGAAUUUGAGAGAGCAGGAGGAGCGUCAGCAGCAGGCAAGGACCUCGGAGGCUUCGACUGUGGGGGCUGAUGAAUGGGAUGAAGAACCUACCCCUACAGUGCCUUCUACCCCUCAGAACAUCAAAUACAUGCCGGCUCGCAAUGUCUCCUCUGCCGCCAUCCGCACCUGGACUCCGACAGCCAACACAUCCUCAGACUAUUUGUCAAGCAACACCCACUCAAGGACAGCCUCUGCAGAACCCAGCGUCAGCCCUACCACUGCAACGAACCCUGUUAACUCGAGCAACUUUGGUGCAACCGCGCCCAAAACGAGCUAUUACCGAUCUGGAGGAUCCAUGACGCCUAAGAGAGCGACCUCGUCUUACGGCGGUGGCGGUGACAUUUGCCCAAGGUGCCAAAAGAUUGUGUACCAUGCCGAAUCAGCUCUUGCACCAGGUGGCGCCAAGUACCACAAACUGUGUCUGCGAUGCGUCGAAUGUUCAAAGAGUUUGGACUCGACCAACAUGACAGACAGGCAGGGCACCCCUUACUGCAAAACUUGCUACGGAAAGGCGUUUGGCGCCAAGGGCUAUGGAUAUGGCAGUGGUGCUUCCAUGCUCCACACCGAACUUUAAGAUUCCAAAAUAUAGUAGUGCGAACAAUGAGACACAAAGCAAAAAAAAUAAUAUAUCGUAUAUUCAAUGUCUG